ACUGCGCUGGGCUCGGCGCGGUUCCGCUGCAGCCACCGGGAGGGAGGGAGAGGCGGGCGCUGCUGCCCGCGCCGGGCCGAUGGGUCUCCUUCUGCUCCUCUGGGUGUGUGCGGCCGCCGCCGGGGCAGCUGUAGGAUUUGGAAUGGAUCCUGACUUACAAAUUGAUAUCAUCACAGAACUGGAUCUUGUGAAUACAACCCUUGGGGUAACACAAGUGUCAGGACUACACAAUGGCAGCAAGGCAUUUUUAUUCCAAGAUGUAGAAAGAGAAAUCCAUACACCACCCCAUGUGAAUGAGAAGUUAAUUCAGCUCUUCUGGAAUAAAAGUGAGUUCACGUUUUUGGCCACCCUUCAACAGAAGGCAUCAACUUCCGGAGUUCUACUGUCCAUCCGAGAGUUAGAGCACAGCUAUUUUGAACUGGAGAGCAGUGGCCUGCGGGAUGAGAUUAGAUAUCACUACAGGUUUAAUGGGAAGUCCAGAACAGAGGUGUUCCCAUACCGUCUGGCAGAUGGACAGUGGCAUAAGAUUGCUGUGUCACUGAGUGCAUCCCACCUUCUGCUCCAUGUGGACUGCAACAGGAUUUAUGAACGUAUCAUUGAUCCCCCAGAAACAAAUUUGGCACCAGAAAGCAGUAUAUGGCUUGGACAGAGAAACAGGAAGCAUGGUUUCUUUAAGGGUGUUAUUCAAGAUGUGAAAGUCAUCUUUAUACCUAAUGGCUAUAUAACACAGUGUCCCAAUCUGAAUCGCACAUGCCCGACCUGCAGCGAUUUCUUAAGUCUGGUGCAAGGAAUCAUGGAUUUGCAAGAACUCCUGGCAAAAAUGACUGCAAAAUUAAAUUAUGCAGAGACAAGACUGAGUCAAUUGGAAGACUGUCAUUGUGAGAAGACUUGUCAAGUAAAUGGAUUGAUCUACAGAGACAAAGACUCAUGGGUUGAAGAUGAUCACUGCAGGAACUGCACAUGCAAAAGUGGAGCUGUGGAGUGCCGCAGGAUGUCCUGUCCCCCUCUGGAUUGUCCCCCUGAUGCUCUCCCAGUGCAUGUGGAAAGCCAGUGCUGCAAAGUGUGCAAGGCCAAGUGUAUCUAUGGAGGCAAAGUGCUGGCAGAAGGUCAACGAGUGUUAACCAACAGCUGCAGGGAAUGUCGAAAUGGAGUUUUAGUAAAAGUAACAGAGACUUGUCCUCCCCUGAACUGCUCAGAACAAGAUCAUAUUCUUCCAGAGAACCAGUGCUGCAGUGUUUGUAGAGGCCAUAACUUUUGUGCUGAGGGACACAGAUGUGGUGAAAAUUCUGAGUGCAAAAAUUGGAACACAAAAGCGACUUGUGAAUGCAAGACUGGUUUUGUCUCCGUCCAAGGGGAUUCUGCCUACUGUGAAGAUAUCGAUGAGUGCGCUGCCAAGAUGCAUUAUUGUCAUGCCAACACCGUGUGUGUUAACUUGCCUGGAUCCUAUCGUUGUGACUGUGCCGUGGGGUAUGUCCGUGUGGAUGAUUUCUCCUGUACAGAGCAUGAUGAGUGUGGCAGCCAGCACCAGAGCUGUGAUGAGAAUGCCAUCUGCACCAACACUGUGAGGGGACACAGCUGCACCUGCAAACCCGGAUAUGUGGGGAAUGGAACCAUCUGCCGAGCUUUCUGUGAAGAAGGGUGCAGAUAUGGUGGAACUUGUGUAGCCCCUAACAAAUGUCUCUGCCCUCCUGGAUUCACAGGAAGUCAUUGUGAGAAAGAUAUUGAUGAGUGUGCCUUAAAGACCCACACGUGCUGGAACGACUCGGCCUGUGUGAACCUGGCAGGAGGCUUUGAUUGCCUUUGUCCGGCUGGACCAUCCUGCACUGGAGACUGUCCCCAUGAAGGCGGCUUCAAGCGGAAUGGGCAAGUGUGGACCCUGCGGGAGGACAGAUGCUCCGUUUGCUCCUGCAAGGACGGGAGGAUUUUCUGCCGGAGGACAGCCUGUGACUGCAGGAACCCCAGUGCUGAUCUCUUCUGCUGCCCAGAGUGUGACACCCGUGUCACCAGCCAGUGCCUCGACCAGACAGGGCACAAGCUCUACCACAGUGGGGACAACUGGACAUACAGCUGCCAGCAGUGCCGAUGCCUGGAAGGAGAGGUGGAUUGUUGGCCUCUCCUGUGCCCAAAACUCAACUGUGAAUACACAGCCAUCUCAGAAGGAGAGUGCUGUCCCCACUGCGUCAGUGACCCCUGUCUGGCUGACAACAUGAGCUAUGACAUCAGGAAAACCUGUCUGGAUGACUAUGGGAUCACAAGGCUUAGUGGCGCUGUAUGGACAAUGGUGGGAUCUCCUUGUACGACCUGCAAAUGCAAGAAUGGGAACAUCUGCUGCUCCGUGGAUUUAGAGUGUCUCAGCAAUAACUGACAUAGUCAGAUGGGACUGUGCCAAGAGGGGGACUGAGGAAGAUGACCACCUGAAAUGAAGUUGCGUGCAUUGGUGUUUUGUACAACAGACAGUUACCAAAGUCUCCACAUGAGGAAGAUGUUUGGGAGUUGCCUUUGGGACCUACCGCUAUGCUCAUCCUCACCACCCUUGUCUGGGUGGAUUACAGUACAGCGCAUACAAGUCAAUGGUUGUUACCGAGUUUUCAGUGUUGUAAAUGACACACUUCUCCUGUCAAGAAAUUUGCAAAUAUGUUUAAAUUAUUUCAUGGUUAAACUACUGCUGUAUUUUUGAUUUGUGUAUUGACAACAUGCUAGAAUUCAACUCUUCUUACUUUGCAUCUAGGUUUUACAAAUAAGACAGUCUGUUGUGAUUUUGUCCCAUGAUAUCACAUAAUUAGUUCCAAGGUCCCUGUCAGAUGUAUUUAUGAAAAUAUGUAUGUAUGUACAGUCAAAUUGCAUAGUCCUUAUAUUUCACAGCUGUCCAACCUUUUAAAGCAGUCAAAGGUAUAUUUGAUUAGACAGAAUGGAAGUAAUCAAAGUAAGUCUGUCUUAAAAAAUUAUAAAAUUCAGUGCCAUGAACUUCAUGGCAAAAAGGGCACUUUCUUCUCCCAGAUGUGUAGAGCAGCAGCAAGACUCCUACGAGAAAUGUAACUAAAACUAUAUUCCACUGCCAAUUCAACACAUGUUCAGGAAAGAAUCACCAGUCAUUGUCAGUGUUCUGUUUUGCCAGAAAAACUGCAAGUGCUAGAAGGAGGUGUGGAGUUGUGGAUUGUGCAGUGAUAAAGCAGGCAGAGACCCUUAAGGUCAUGUAGUUUAAAUUGAGUAGGUUAAAAUUUACUUUCAGUUGUAACAUAAUUGAUGAGUUCAUUGUUUUUCCUCUCUUGUGUUCACUGUAAUAAUGACGUCUGCCAUUCUCAGGUACUGCCGCCCUAAUGACAAAGCGCAGAAGCACCUGCACCAGCAACAUGCAGAACAGGAGACCUUAACGCUUGAUAACUCUUAUUACCCCACUCACAGCUCAGAAACAGGUUUCUCUGGUCACGUGUUGGCAGUGUUGUGGAGUACCUAAAUUUAGACAGAAAUACAAAUUAAAACUCUUAGCCCUGUAUUGCAAUUAGAAUUUAGAUUCUCUUCAGCUAAUGCCUAUUUUUGCCAUGAGGCUAGAAAGUUUGUGGCGUUAGAACAAGAAUAUAUUUCUCCAAUGGUGGCGUCUGGAGCUUAAAUGUCACCUUUUUUAAUGUGCUCUUGUGUUUUGUUCUGCUCAUUUGUGUAGUGAUUUUUUGCUUUUUAUUUAUUUAAGUAAACACACUGAGUGUAUGGAAAAGUACAGAAAUGAGUGUAGUGGCUACAGUUUGGGAAGCACCUUUGUGAGUUUUCCAUGCAGAAAAUGUGAAACUGAUUAACAAGAAUGAAGUGUGACUAUACAGUGACAUUAGUCAUCUUUUGAAUGAAGUGUUAUUAUGUUUCUUAUCAGGGGACAGUGACAAAAGAAUAUAAAUACUCCUUUCAGUCAUUCGGACAACUUCAUUCUCAUUCUUUAAACAGGAUUUGUUUUAUCCAACAGGUUUGUGUGGUGAAGGUAAAUUUAUUUUCUUAAAAUGCCCCAUCAAUUUCAGCUACUCAUGUAUUGACUAUAUUUGCGUUGCCCUAAUGAUUGUAUAAUAAGGAAAACAGUUGUGUUUUAUAUGAUACUCAGAGGAUGUUUGUAAAUCAUAAUGUCAGCUCAUUUUGUAUAUCGCAUUGUAAAACCCAAUGGUAAUUCAGUUGGAUGAGACAUCCAGUGGGCUGAGAUAUAAAGGGGAAUGAUUUAAAACUCGUGGGCAUCUAAAUAAACUCCUGUGUACAGAUUGC